AUGUCAGGGGCUUUAGAGAAGCCUUUACAGUGGAAUGAAGUCAAGGAAAUCGUCUCUGAGUACAGAUUGGAGGAAUUGGGGAGAUCUCCGGAGGGUUUGAAGGAAUAUCACAAUUUCAAGGCUUCGAUGCAGGCCAAAGGGAUAUCGUUAACAACGAACAUAUUUAUAAACACCCUGCAUUGGUUGCCGGUAGAUACAGAUCCGCAUUUAUCAACUGAGGAGGCUGUUAAAAGAAUCCACUAUACCGAUCCAAGAUUAUUUGCCAAUCCCAAUGAUACUUGUAUCACAUUGAAUGAUUUUCCCUACUGGAUCAAAGAACCAACUAUUCAUCUGCUGGUGUGGGUACGCUCACCAAUGCCACCAGAUCCGAAUUCGGAAAUUGGCGAUAUAGACAAUCAAACCAAGAAGCUAAUUGAAGAAUACGUCCAGGAGACCUUUGUAAAAGGCUCCGGUAUCGAUAGGGACGAUAUCAUAUGGUGGAAAAAUUACACGAAAAUCCAAAGCAUCAAAUCAAUACCUCAUGUACAUGUUCUGAUCAAAACAGAAGAUAAGAGAGUUGAGGAGAAGGCCAGGGCUUUGGUAGGUACACCUGGGGCGACUCUAAAGUAUGAUGACAUUGGCCAAAAUUAUACAAGUAAUCAGGUCAAAUUAUAA